GCGGCGGCGGCAGGAAGGGGCGGGGGGCUCCCGAGCCCCAGCAGGAAGAGGCGAACCCACCGGCCAUCGCGGGAAGAGCGCGUGUCCUCGCUUUGGACCCAGCCAUGUGGGGUCUCCUGCUCGCCUUGGCCACCUUCGCGCCUGCCGUCGGGGUGAGUCUGGGGGCGUCCGGCGCCUCGGUGCUGGGCCUGGCGUCGCCCGCGACCACCGAGGCCCCGGUCUCGACCCCGGCCCCGCGUAGCAGCCAGGCAGAGCUGUCCUCAGGGAACAAGAACGGGACCUCAGAACAGCAUGUCCGGAUUCGAGUCAUCAAGAAGAAGAUCAUCAUGAAGAAGCGAAAGAAGCUAACUCCCCCCCGACCCCCGGUGACUGCCAGGGCUUCAGUGACCACCAGCCCUGCAAGGACCCUUGACCUCCCCGAGAAGCAAGAACCAGACUGUCCCCCUUUGGGCCUGGAGUCCCUGCGAGUUUCAGAUAACCAGCUUGAUGCAUCUAGCAGCCAGUCCUUUGGUCUUGGACCACACCGAGGACGGCUCAACAUCCAGUCAGGCCUGGAGGAUGGUGAUCUUUUUGAUGGUGCCUGGUGUGCCGAGCAGCAGGAUGCCGAGCCAUGGCUUCAGGUGGAUGCUAGGCACCCCACCCACUUCUCAGGCAUUAUCACACAGGGCAGGAACUCCAUCUGGAGGUAUGACUGGGUCACAUCAUACAAGGUCCAGUUCAGCAAUGACAGUCUUACCUGGUGGGGGAGUAAGAAUCGCAGCAGUGGGAUGGACGCGGUAUUUCCUGCCAAUUCGGACCCAGAGACACCAGUGCUGAACCUCCUGCCUGAGCCGCAGGUGGCCCGUUUCAUUCGCCUGCUGCCCCAGACCUGGCUCCAGGGAGGUGCAUCCUGCCUCCGGGCAGAGAUCCUGGCCUGUCCAGUCUCAGAUCCUAAUGGUCUGUUCCCUGAGGUCCCUGUGCUGGGAUCCUCCGACACACUGGACUUCCGGCAUCAUGAUUAUAAAGCCAUGAGGAAGCUGAUGAAGCAGGUGAACGAGCAGUGCCCCAACAUCACCCGCGUCUACAGCAUCGGGAAGAGCCACCAGGGCCUGAAGCUGUAUGUGAUGGAAAUGUCGGACCAGCCUGGGGAGCAUGAGCUGGGAGAGCCUGAGGUGCGCUACGUGGCCGGCAUGCAUGGGAAUGAGGCCCUGGGGCGGGAGUUGCUCCUGCUCCUAAUGCAGUUCCUGUGCCGUGAGUACCUGAGAGGGGACCCGCGGGUGACCCGGCUGCUCACCGAGACGCGCAUUCACCUGCUGCCCUCCAUGAACCCUGACGGCUAUGAGACUGCCUUCCGCCGGGGCUCGGAGCUGGUGGGCUGGGCAGAGGGCCGCUGGAACCAUCAGGGCAUUGACCUUAACCAUAAUUUUGCUGACCUCAACACACCACUGUGGGAAGCAGAGGAUGAUGGGCUGGUGCCUGACACUGUCCCCAACCAUCACCUGCCACUGCCUACUUACUACACCCUGCCCAAUGCCACUGUGGCUCCUGAAACGCGGGCAGUGAUCAAGUGGAUGGAACGGAUCCCUUUUGUGCUAAGUGCCAACCUCCACGGGGGUGAGCUCGUGGUGUCCUAUCCCUUCGACAUGACUCGGACUCCGUGGGCUGCCCGUGAACUCACGCCCACCCCAGAUGAGGCAGUGUUUCGCUGGCUCAGCACUGUCUAUGCUGGCACUAAUUGGGCAAUGCAGGACCCAGAUCGCCGACCCUGCCACAGCCAGGACUUCUCCUCGUAUGGCAACAUCAUCAACGGGGCUGACUGGCACACAGUUCCUGGGAGCAUGAAUGACUUCAGCUACCUACACACCAACUGCUUUGAGGUCACUGUGGAGCUGUCCUGUGACAAGUUCCCUCACGAGAACGAGCUGCGCCAGGAGUGGGAGAACAACAAAGAUGCCCUUCUCACCUACCUGGAACAGGUGCGCAUGGGCAUUGCCGGAGUUGUGAGGGACAAGGACACGGAGAUUGGGAUUGCUGAUGCUGUCAUUGCUGUGGAUGGGAUUAACCAUGAUGUAACAACGGCGUGGGGCGGGGAUUAUUGGCGCCUGCUGACCCCAGGGGACUAUGUGGUGACUGCCAGUGCUGAGGGCUACCACGCAGCGACUCGGAACUGCCGGGUCACCUUUGAAGAGGGCCCUGUGCCCUGCAAUUUCCACCUCACCAAGACUCCCAAACAGAGACUUCGAGAGCUGCUGGCAGCUGGGGCCAAGGUGCCCCCGGACCUUAGGAGGCGGCUGGAGCGACUGAGGGGACAGAAUUAACACUAGCCGAAGAGUCCCAGAGCCUUGGGCAGGCUGGACCUGUCCAGAACUGAAGGAGGGGACACGGAGAGUUGGGAGGGAGGGACAAAGUAGGGGGAAAGAUGCUCAGGCUCAUUAAAGCUAUUUGGCACCUCA